GUCGUUUGUUCCCGCGGAGAGGAAGGCAAGGGUAAAUUAACUAAACCUACGGGGCGCUUGGGGGAAGUAAUGAAAGAAUCCGUGGAAGUGGCCUUUAAAUACGUUAAAGUUAAUUGUGAAAAAUUUGGUAUUGACUCAAAGGCUUUGAAAAGCAGUGAUAUUGAUAUCCAUGUUCCAGAAGGGGCUACCCCUAAAGAUGGUCCCAGUGCGGGAAUUGCCCUAACUACGGCGAUUAUUUCCGCUUUAGUUAAACAAGCAAUUCCGAUGGAUAUUGGCAUGACCGGGGAAAUUGACUUGCUAGGCAAUGUACUCCCCAUUGGGGGUUUACGGGAAAAGGCUAUUGCGGCUCACCGCUCAG